ACAAACGUUACAAUCACCCUUUCCUUCUCUGCUUCUUCUUUUCCAAUUCUACACUUCUCUCUCUCUUUUAAAUUCUGCAUUAUCUUCCCAAUUUUCCACCACCCUGAAAAAUCACUGCAGAAAGAUUGAAACAUCACCGAUCAUUGGUGAGAGAUGUGUUGUGGGGGCAGAGUGUGCAUGUUCUGCACGUGCCUGAUUCUGGUGGUGAUCGCGAUCGGGUUGGUGUUCGGGUUCGGAGUGUUCAAGCAUGGGUUUCACAAGCUGAAAGACGCCGUUGAUCUCUGCGAUUCAUGCGGCGGUGCCGGUGGAAGAAGGCCAUUCUUGGGGUAUGCUCCGCCGCCAUUGUAUUAGUUCUUCAUGGUACUCUGUUCUUGGGAUUAGUUUGUUUUUGUAAAUUAACAGCUUCUUGGGAUUCAUGUUUAUUUUCUAAUCAAAUGUCUUUUCUAGUAAUUUAUUGUUUAUAUUUUUAUUA